AUUUGGGAAAAUAAAAGGAUGGUGAGGUUAUAAAGUAAGUUCGUUUGUCGUGCAAAGUUAGGGACCAAAUUGACCCUAAAUCCACAAAGUAAAGUACUUAUGGCACUGACGAGCUGACCCCAAAUAUCAGAAUUAGGAAGGAACAGAAAAAGAAGUGCAAUAAAACCGGAAUCGAACAGUAUUAGACUGCCGAUCCGUUCGGUUCGGUGUUGCUCACCCCUUUUCUCACAUAUUCACUCACUGCUUCAACUAAUCGGGUAUUUAUUUCAAUUUGCAUAAUCACUGAAUCUCUAUGGAAUAUGAGAUGUUUGAGGAGAAGGAAUUUUUGGCAUGUUGCGGCAGUACUAAAUUCGCUAAAGAAAUGGCAUUAGCCUCCCCUUUUACUUCCCUCGAAGAAGCCGUCGAUGCCGCCAAAAAUAUCUGGUUCAACAAGGUUGAUGUGUACGGUUGGCUGGAAGCAUUCUCAUGUCAUCCUCAGAUUGGGCAAUCCCCUUCCACCGCCCACGCCUCUCACACCGCUGCUCAUUGUGUGUGCAGGUGGAGUAAGGGAGAGCAGUCCACUGCUUUAGCAACUGCUACAGGUUCCAGCUUACAGUCCACUUGGCCUUUGCAGGAGCUCUCUGACUGGAAUGCCCAGUAUAUGCAAAAGUUUGGAUUUGUAUUUCUUAUAUGUGCUUCUGGACGAAGUACUUCUGAAAUACUUGCUGAAUUAAAGAAACGGUACAAAAAUAAGCCCAUAUUUGAGUUUGAGAUUGCAGCUCAAGAACAAAUGAAAAUAACAGAACUACGUCUUGGAAAGCUUUUCUCGACUAAAUUAAAAGCUGCUUCAACCAGCAACCAGUGUCACACAAAGUUUGCAACAAAAGUAGAAGAUCGCAUGGCUGUUAUUGGAGGACAUUUAACUGCUGAGCUCAAUUCCUUGUCUGGGAAGGCAUCUCAAAUUCCCACCCGAACACGUCCACCCAUUACAACUCAUGUCUUAGAUAUUUCUCGGGGCUGUCCAGCUGCUGGUAUUGAGGUGUGUUUGGAGAUGUGGAAGGGGAUCCAACCUCGUCCCUUGUUUGGUGAGACAGAUAUAGAUGGUUGGGCAUUUCAGGGGUCUUCAACUACUGAUGCGGAUGGGCGAAGUGGUCAAUUGAUGAAUAUUGUUAAUGUUGUGAACCCUGGCAUAUACAGAAUUAGUUUCAAUACGGGCAAGUACUUUCCAUCUGGGUUCUUUCCCUAUGUUUCUAUUGUGUUUGAAAUCAGGGAGUCACAGAAUACAGAACACUUUCAUGUUCCUCUGCUGCUUUCACCAUUCUCAUUUGCUACAUACAGAGGCAGCUAGAAGUUUAGUGGUGAGAUGGCAUUCCAUGUUUUCUAUACAUUUUCUGUACUAUGAAUUUAGCAGUGUAUGCUUGAUGAAAUGAUUGUUCAGCAUAAAUUUGUCCUAAACAGUGUAAGAGUGUAUGCUUGAUGAAAUGAUUAUUCAGCAUAAAUUUGUCCUAAA